UUUUUUUUUUUUAAAAAAAAAAACAAUAAUAAUAGAACGGUUCAUUCCGCAACUCAUUCAAUGUCGAAUACAACAAGGACUGUUCGAUUGACAGUCAUUGCCGCUGAUGGCCUUGUUAAAAAGGACCUUUUCUUUAAGAUGCCCGAUCCUUUCGCCGUUGUAACUGUGGAUGGCGAACAAACACAUACAACAACUGUCAUGAAAAAGACCUUGAACCCAUAUUGGAAUGAGAGUUUUGACUUACAAGUAAAUAAUAAUAGUGUCAUUGCUGUGCAAGUCUUUGACCAGAAAAAAUUCAAAAAGAAGGAUCAAGGCUUUCUCGGUGUCAUUAACGUCCAAGUGUCGAGUGUGUUUGAUCUCGCAGUUGGGGGAGAUGAAAUGCUCACUUUGGACUUGAAAAAAUCAAAUAAUCAUGACACUAUUCAAGGAAAACUUAUCUUAAAUAUAUCAACCAAUGUCAAUGUUCCUAUCCGUAAUGGUACAAAUACCCUUGUGGCAAGCACAAAUAAUACAGUUGCACGUAAUUCUUCGCAACGUUCGGCCACUGCUAGUAAUGCAUCGAAUACCACCGCCCCAGCACAGCAGCAACGCUCUUCCACAAAUUUGGCUGCAACUACCACGAAUAAUACAGCGACAGCAGCGACAGCAGCAACAACAGCGAACUCAGGAGCAGAGGACAAUUUGCCAGAAGGAUGGGAAAGGAGAGUGGAUCAUUUGGGUAGACCUUACUAUGUCGAUCAUAAUACCAGAACCACAACAUGGAAAAGACCUUCGCCAAGAACUGCUCAAGACCAACAAGCCCUAACGGAAAUGGAAAGACGUCAACAUAAUGCACGAGGAUUACCAGAAGGAAGAGCUAGUAACAACAAUAGUACAACUUCAUUGAAUAACCAAGGACAAGCAUCAGGCGGUGCAUCUAGUACCGCUGCUACGAAUUCAACAACCAACACGUCUACGGGCGGUGUCAUUGGUGUUCCGAAUGCUGUCUCCACUGCAGGCUCGGGGCCGUUACCACCAGGUUGGGAAAUGCGUACAACUACAGAAGGUCGCCCCUACUUUGUGGAUCAUAAUACCCGAACUACCACAUGGGUCGAUCCUCGUCGCCAACAGUACAUCAACACGAUUGGCCCUGGCUCCAACCUUCAAGUUCAGGUACAACCCGUCUCUCAGCUUGGCCCAUUACCCUCGGGUUGGGAAAUGCGUUUGACCAGCACAGGAAGAGUUUAUUUUGUUGACCACAACACUAAGACCACCACUUGGGAUGACCCACGUCUACCUAGUAGUCUGGACCAGAACGUUCCUCAAUAUAAGCGUGAUUUCCGUCGCAAGUUGAUCUAUUUCCGUUCUCAACCUGCAUUACGUCCCGUACCUGGUCAAUGUCAUAUCAAGGUGAGACGUGACCAUAUUUUUGAAGAUGCCUAUGCGGAAGUGAUGCGUCAAGUGCCUGCCGAUUUGAAGAAGCGCUUGAUGAUCAAAUUUGAAGGCGAAGAUGGUUUGGAUUAUGGUGGUCUAUCCAGAGAAUUUUUUUUCUUGCUGUCUCACGAAAUGUUCAAUCCAUUUUAUUGUCUGUUCGAAUACUCGGCUCAUGAUAACUACACUUUGCAGAUCAAUCCUCAUUCUGGUAUCAAUCCUGAACAUUUGAAUUACUUCAGAUUCAUCGGUCGUGUUGUAGGCCUCGCCAUUUUCCAUAGACGAUUUUUGGACGCUUUCUUUAUUGUGUCAUUCUACAGAAUGAUUUUAAACAAAAAGGUACUGGUAGCCAAUAUGGAAAGUGUGGAUGCUGAAUUUUAUAGAAGCUUGAUGUGGAUUCUCGACAACGAUAUCACCGAUGUACUUGACUUGACCUUCUCUGUUGAUGAUGACCGUUUUGGUGAAAUGGUGACGGUAGACCUUAAAGAAAAUGGCAGAAAUAUUGAAGUCACUGAAGAAAAUAAGAAAGAAUACGUCGAUUUGGUAACCGAAUGGCGUAUUUCUAAACGUGUCGAAGAACAAUUCAAAGCCUUUAAAGAAGGUUUCAAUCAGCUUAUUCCACAAGAUUUAAUUAACGUUUUUGAUGAGCGCGAACUGGAAUUAUUGAUAGGUGGUAUUGCAGAAAUCGAUGUGGAUGAUUGGAAGAAACAUACCGAUUACAGAGGCUAUACAGAACAAGAUGACGUUAUCCAAUGGUUCUGGAAAUGUAUUCGUAGUUGGGAUAGUGAAAAGAAAUCAAGAUUAUUACAGUUCACUACUGGUACCUCGCGUAUACCUGUCAAUGGAUUCAAGGAUCUUCAAGGAAGUGAUGGUCCUAGACGCUUUACGAUUGAAAAAGCCGGAGAAGUGACACAGUUACCCAAGGCGCAUACUUGCUUUAACCGUAUUGAUAUGCCUCCUUACAAAUCAUAUGAAGCUCUUGUUGCAAAAUUAAGCCUGGCAGUUGAAGAAACUGUAGGUUUCGGCCAAGAGUAGACUCUAUUACAUCAGCAACACUUUCCUAUUCUACAAAUGCAUUCCUUACAAAUAACCCUCUCUUUUCAUCUAAAUAAUACUCUUUUCUUGUCUGUUUGAAUAUCUUUGUACAUACAAGCCCGCUAAGUAUAAUACAUUUAUUCUCUCAAUGCACACCUUUAACUUGACACUAUUCCAACGAAAACCUUUUUGUAACCUUGUAUUACUUUUUAUCCCUUUUUUUUUUUUGUGUGUCUUUCAUAACUUAAUAAACUUUGAU